AAAUUCAAAAAUUCAAAAUUACAAAACUACCCUACAUUUUCCCACUUCCCAAACAGAAAAUUUUCCCUUCAAUCACGAUGAUGUCGAUGUUCAGCUACUUCGAUGUUCUAUUGGGCGAUGCAUCCACCGCUAAAGGAUUCUCUUCUUCGUCUUCGUCUUCAUCUUCGUCUGCUGUGAAGAACAAGAGAGAAAACAGUAUCAAAAACGGUGAUCGUCGUUCUGAGAAUUCGGCCACAUCGCUGCCGGAGAAUGUUUCGACGACGGCGACAACUCGCCGGGAUCAUCAGAAGAGAUCGCCGAGGUUUGCGCCGGAGAUCGAUGGUGUUCAUUGUUUCGAAACUAUUCUCCCUUAUUGAUCUGUCUCUCUAUAUAUAUUUGUAUUUUUUUUUGUAUAACUGUAUAUUCGAGUGUAUAUGAAUAACUAUAUUCUUUUUGGUAAAUAAUUUAAAGUAUUUGUUCAUUACAAA